UCAAAUACAAACCACAAGAAGAUACUGAACUUGACUCUUAUCUUUUUCUGUUGUGCAAGUGUGUAACUCCUUCUCCCUCCAAAACCCACUAAACCCAUAACCAUGCUCUGCUCCUUUCACUCUUCUCUCAUCCUUAAACCCCUGCUCAAAACCCAUAAACCCUUAACCAUAACCUUAUCUUCCCAACCCAAACCCCCACCCAGAAAAAGACCCACCUUUGAUGGUGGUGACCAGAGCCCAACAUCCAGAAACCGACACAAACGCUCCUACGGAGCCUCAAGAAGGUCAAUCUUGAAGACCCUUAAGCAGGAGCAAGUCACUUUCACUACUCCAGUCCCUGAUGACCCCAUUGUGGGCAUUAUCGGCGGAGGCAUGGCCGGUCUUGCUUGUGCUCUCUAUUUGGAAAAACGCGGCGUCCGCUCCACCGUUUUCGACACGGGGGUUCAUGGUCUGGGAGGAAGAAUGGGAACGCGGAUAGUAGAUCCUCAGCCUUUGAUAUUUGAUCAUGCAGCUCAGUUCUUUACGGCCAGCAAUCCUCUGUUUGUUGAGUUGGUUCAAGGUUGGAUGGAGCAAGGUCUGGUUCGAGAAUGGCAGGGUACAAUAGGUGAGCUUGAAGUGGGUGGUAAAUUUGUGCCACUUCCUUCUCCUCCUCCAAGGUAUAUAGGUGUUAAUGGAAUGCGCCCUGUUGCUGACUCACUAUUGUCUCAGAGUUCUAUGAUUAAUGUGGAGAGACCGACCUGGAUCAGUAAACUUGAGCCAUUUAAUGGGACGUGGUACUUGAGUGAGAAUGGAAAACCUCGUGGGCAGUUUGAUGCAAUUGUUAUUGCACAUAAUGGUAAAUGUGCAAACCGUUUGCUUGGUUCGUCAGGCUUACCACUAAUUGCAGGACAGAUGAAGAGGCUGGAAUUGAGUUCUGUAUGGGCUCUCCUUGCCGCAUUUGAUGAUCCACUUGAAAUUCCCGGUACUGCCACAUUUCCUUUCGAGGGUGCUUUUGUAAAAGGGGUUGAUUCCAUCUCCUGGAUGGCAAAUAAUACCAAAAAACUCCUAGGCUCCCAGAGUAGUGGCCCUCACUGUUGGACCUUUCUCAGUACUGCAGCUUAUGGAAAGCGAAACAAGGUUCCACAGGAGAAUAUACCAACUGCCACAAAAGAGAAGGUGACAGCAGGCAUGCUUAUGGGCGUUGAAGAGGCACUUGGAUUACCAAAAGGAUCACUUCAGACGCCAUUUUAUACCCGACUCCAGUUAUGGGGUGCAGCUCUUCCAACUAAUACGCCUGGUAUCCCCUGCAUCUUUGAUCCACACGGAAGGGCUGGUAUAUGCGGUGAUUGGUUGCUCGGUUCGAAUUUAGAAUCAGCAGCCAUAAGCGGAAUGGCUCUUGCAAAUCAUAUGGCGGACUAUUUCCAAAGCGGUGGAGACCGUCCCGAAGAGUUUUCUGUUGGUUUACGCAGCGAAUUUCAACGACUUAAAGGACAUGAUAUAGGCCAAUUUCCAGGGUUGGCGCCCGUAAGCGAAACACAUACAGCGCCAGAGUUGCAGCUUACCACUUAAAAAUGCAUGAGAGUAGCAAGAAAGUCGCUCACAAAAGUUGUAAAACUGUGUAAUGUAGCUCAAAAGUGAAUGCAGAUUAGGAAUCAUAUAGAUAGCAAUUGCCAAGUUCGUGAUUUGGUUUUUGUAUAUUAUCUUUGAUUUAAAGAAAUGUACCAAAUUAUGGAAAUUUUAAUAUAAAAGGAAUGGAACAAAUUUUGUUA